AAAAACCAGAAUGAAGUCUACAGCAAUGAGGAAGGUGAGCAAGCAGAUAGCCUCAUGAAGGCUCUUCCUUCUUGUCAUAGCUUUCCCCCCAAAAAAGCCAAUGACUGAGUACAGUUUAUCCUAGGGAGGGUCCCACAUAGGAGAAUAAGAGCCCACUACUCUAAAGAGUCAGGAGAGUGGAAGCACAGAGGGAAGAGUUGAAGGAGCCUAGGUGUCUUAAUAGGAAGAAAGGAUAGAAGGAGUGAGGUGUGCUAAACCUCCUGGAAAUGGGAAGGGAAAAGACCGUUGAGAGGCAGAUAGAAGACUGGCACCAUUUUCAUACUUUGCCUUGAUUUACAGGUAGACUUUAAAUUUUGCUGUUUGAACUUGGACCAUCUCCAGAACACCAGCAAGUCACUGUCACCUCCAUUUUUUUAAGUCACUAUCUAACUCCUUGGUACUGAGAAAUUAGCCCACUUUUGCUGUUCUUCCUCCCAAAAUUAUACUCUUGGGAUGGCCCUGUCUACCACAUUUUCUCCUUUCUCCCCUAAGCCUCUUACCAAGAUACCAACUAAACUGGAAGACAAUGGGGGCUGAAAUAAAGCAGGAAAGGGCAGAGGACAGAGUGGCACUGAGGAUUCCAGCUGACAUUAGGAGGCUGAAGGCAGACUCCAUGCUCAUGGUCUGAGAAAAAAGGCAUGAAAUCAAUGCACUUUGGUACUGGGGAUUGUCCACCAGGCGACCAGCACGCUGGUUUCAUUAAAGAGGUUCGUGGCAUAGAAGUUAACUAGUGAGAUCAAAAUAAAACACACAGACUCAAUUACCUUUUUCUAUGACCAGGUCCAAGACGGCUCUCACCUCGAACCACCCUGUGGGGCAGCAAGGCUUACUCAGGGCUAGCAGGAGAGAGAGAGAGAGAGCACGCCAGGGAGUGGCCUUUUAUUGGGGAACAAGAAAUUCAGGGGAAAAUUCCAUCCAAUGAAGGUCGAGGGGGGCAGCAUUCCAAGGUCAGGGUCAGUGAUUGGCCUAAGGGUCAGUGGUCAGUCACACCCCCACACAGACAGGCUCUCGCACCUGGAGAGGGUGGGGAUAGCUCCGACACAGUUUGGCCAGAACGCCUCACACCCAAUCCAGGAGGAGCCCCAUCACAUGCGAGAAUGGCUUCCUACAGGAUUGAACCUUCCGGCAUGCCUAACCUGUGAGCCACAUCCCCAGUCCCUUUUAUUUUUUAUUUUGAGACAGGUUCUCCCUAAGUUGCUUAGGGUUUCACCAAGUUGCUGAGGCUGGCUUUGAACUUAUGAUCCUUCUGCCUUAUCCUCCUGAGUUGCUGGGAUUAUAGGAGUGUGCCACAUUGUCCCACUAAUUAUAGAUGUGCCCCUCCGUUUCAUUCUUAUUGGUGAGUGCCCUCUCCUCUCAACUCCCUCCCCACUCUACUCCGGACACUGUUAAUUACCUUUUCUCUCAUGACUCCCAGAGCCCUAACUCUGGUUUCUAGGGCCUAAUGCUUAAGCCUCUUUUCUAUCUCUCCAGUCCUCAAAAUAAAUGAAACUUGUCUCCUAACAUGGUAGUGGGUGUUGGUACAUGUGUGCAAGGGAAUGAGGAAUUGAGAACAGGGAAAGGGAAACCAGAAGACAAUGUCUUCAGCUCUCUAGAUCUUGAUCCCACGACACUAAUUUGGAGGCUGACCUUUCGUCACUCUCAAAGCCGAGCUGAAUGCCAUUGCUCCCAUCAUCUCCAACUGUUUCCUCUACUCCUAUGCCCUUAUCAACUUCACUUCCCUUACCCAGUUGCCUGGUUAAUAUGGACGGGUGUUAGGGUCAGGUCCAGGGCUGGCAGAACUGAUUAACUUGGACUAUCUCCAGAUGUUCCUUUAGCACCUAACCACUGAAACAAAGUCCCAGCCAUUUUUUAUAUUUUAUUUACAGACAGAGUAUUUCUGAGUUGCUUAGGGUCUUGCUAAAUUUCUGAGGCUGGCUUUAAACUUGCAAUCCUCCUACCUCCGCCUUCAGAGCUGCUGGAAUUAUAGGAGAGAAUCCUUGGGUGCAUGAGUGGUACUGCAAGGGCUGAUACCCUUCCUUCCACUGGUACAGUCCUUGACUCUCCCUACUGGGCUCUUUACCCUGCCUGCUCAUCAUGUUCCUCCUUACUUGGUGGGCUACACUCAUUGUUGUGCUAUUUGUCCUUUUGCCACUGCUCCAUAUGUUUUACAAGAAACCUGGUGAAUGACUGGGCAGGUGGUGAGUGAGGAAGUGAGCUACAGCAGGAGGCUGACCCCCAUAAGAAGCCCAGAGCUAUCACCAUCAAGUCUCUAUUUCUGCUUCUACCUGACAAGCAAUGCCUUACCUUUAAUCCUUAUUUACCACUCCUUCCUUUGUGCAGAUGUGAACUGGAGCUCUUAAGUCAGGUGGGCACCUAUCACAUGGCAUUGUCCUAUUCAUGAGCCUGACCAAUGUGCAGGACCAUCUUAAGAACUUCUGGUAAGGGAAUCUCUAGGGUAGCGGUUGAAAACUGAUGGUCAUGAACUGGAUAUGCAAAUGAGGUUUGUUCAAAGGGCACAGCAUUCACAAUUUUCAAAAUAUAUUGCCAACAUUUAAGAUCCAGGCUUGUUAAUUCUGGGCCUCCAACCUACAUGAUGUACUUUGCCGGAACCGAUAGCUGCUGUCCCUGGAGACAAGGCAUGUACUUUUCAGUUUGCCACAGUUCCUACUUAAUUCACAUUAUUCUUUAUUAUGUCACAGGUUCCUGUAGACUUUUGAGUUCUUAAUCCUUGCUCUAGACAUAAAGGAAAUCAGCUUUCUAAAUUCUGAGCAGGGCAGUAGAAGAAAAGAAAGGAACAGAAUUCUAGAGGAACAAAAAGGUGACAGAAGAGAUGAGUUCCCUAAGAAAGGAUGGUUUCAUGACAAGACAGAAGCCACAAGAGUGAGUUCCCAGCUUCCACCAUCAUGCCAUGAGAUGGAGAAGCAUCUCUAACACCCUUUUAUUUUGCCCUAAAAUUCUAAAAUCCCUCAAUGGGUGGGGAAGAGUCAAGCAUUAUUCUCAACAUUAUACCUUCCUUCCUUUCUAUAGGCCUCAGUGCCUGGUGCUAACCCAUCCCCCAUGCCCAUUGAAUGUCCAGCACAGGUGAAUUCUGUGAGAGCCUUACCAAGAACAUGAGUCCCAUGAUCUGUGGGAAUGUGCCCUCUGUAGAAUAGAGAAACAAAAAAGAGGUGGAGAGAAUGACAAGGGAGUGAACACAGAGAAUGUAAGAACUGUGAGAGGAGAGCAGAAGGGUACUUUAGAGGCAGUGCAGUCCUCACCACAUUUCUAUUUCCCCUUAUUAGGAGCCCCAUGCCAUUCAAGAGUCUGAGAAUCAUGUCAACUGGCUGAAUGUCUGGAAGAUUCAUUCUGCCUAUACAGUCAUAUCCACCUGCAAGUUUCAUUCUGGGACCCAGAGUCUCUGCAAGUCAGCUGGAUUAACUGGAUCAUUUUUUGUCCUUCCUUUCCCUACCUCUCCCCCUUCUUUCCUCACUGCCCCUCCAUUCAGGUCUCAGGUAGACUAAAACCCAACAUUCUGGUCUUUGGGUGUAAGCACAAUUGGCAGAAGAUGCCUGUAUCUGCUGUGGAGUACUAUGUAGGCAUUCUAUAGUAAGUGUGGGAUAGAGAAGCAGAAGAUGGACAUAGAAAGGGUCAGAAAUGAAUGAGAAUGAAAAGGCAUAUAAUCAUGAUGAGCCUUGUUUCCCCCAGCUUACCAGCAGUGCCUACAUAGUACAGGAAAAGUACACCUGUUUCAGCUCUUUCUCCUGUAUUUGUUUUUAUUUCACACACCUCCCUCCUCAAAAGUGAUGCUUUUGAGGGUGAGCCUUCUGGGUCCUGCAGUGUGGCAGAGCCUACAGAAACCGGAGCCUGAAUCUGCGAGUUUCUGGAAACCUUCAGGGACACUUCAAAUCUACAGAGUAGAAACUAUCCUGCCUCAGAUCCACAUGGCUAGAUGGGAAGACACACAAACAAAAUGAAAAAACAAGGGAAUAAAGUGCCCCAAACAACCAAGUUGCUCCCAUAAGAGAAUCCAUCGAAGAAAUGUCAGAGAAGGAGUUCAGGAUGUAUUUAGUAAAACUGUUCUACGACUUAAAGAAUUAUAUAAGAGAGCAGGAGUUAUGCAGUAAAAUAACAGAUUCGCUUCAGGAGAUGAAAGAUCACUUCUGUAAAGAUAUAUUAGAGGUCCUGAAAAGAAAUAAAGAAGAAAUCCUUGAAGUGAAGGAAUCACUAAACCAACUUAAAAGUUCAAUGGAAAGUAUCACCAACAGACAAGACCAUUUGGAAGAUAGAACCUCAGGCAAUGAAGACAAAAUAUAUAAUCUUGAAAAUAAAGUUGACCCCACAGAGAAGAUGAUAAAUUGUGUGACAUUCCUUCACCCAGACACCAUGCCUGAACAGCAACUGCUAAAGCCAACUGAGUGGAGCUACUGUGACUACUUCUGGGCUGAUAAGAAGGAUCCCCAAGGCAAUGGCACGGUGGCUGGGUUUGAACUGCUGCUCCAAAAGCAACUGAAGGGCAAACAAAUGCAGAAAGAAAUGUCUGAAUUCGACCGAGAGAGGAUAAAGAUUGAAGAAGAAUAUGCAAAGAACCUGGCUAAGCUCUCUCAGAACUUCUUGGCUGCACAGGAGGAAGGCUCCUUGGGAAAAGCCUGGGCCCGGGUGAAGAAGAGUCUGGCAGAUAAAGCAGAGGUUCAUCUCAAGUUCUCCACCAAGCUUCACAGCGAGGUAGAGAAGCCCCUAAUGAACUUUCAUGAGAACUUCAAGAAAGACAUGAAAAAGUGUGACCACCAUAUCGCUGACCUCCGCAAGCAGCUCACCAGCCGCUGCGCGUCGGUGGAGAAGUCCUGGAAAGCCCUCACAGAGCGGCAGAGAGACCUGGAGAUGAAGACCCAGCAGCUGGAGAUCAAGCUGAGCAACAAGACAGAGGAGGACAUCAAGAAGGCAUGGAGAAAGUCCACACAGGCUGGUGAGGACCUCAUGCGUCGUGUGGACCUCUACAACCAGGCCCAGUCCAAGUGGUUUGAAGAGAUGGUGACCACCACUUUGGAGCUGGAGCGGCUGGAGGUGGAGAGGGUGGAGAUGAUCCGGCAACAUCUGUGUCAGCACACACAGCUGCGGCAUGAGACAGACAUGUUCAACCAAAGCACAGUCGAGCCUGUGGACCAACUGCUUCAAAAAGUGGACCCGGCCAAAGACAGAGAGCGGUGGGUCAGAGAGCACAAGACGGGCAACAUUCGCCCCGUGGACAUGGAGAUCUAGACACGCCUGUGCGGCCCCGGGGGUCCUGCCCAGGAGAGGGGCUGGGGGUCCUGUGGAGAGGGGGAGGUGGCUCCCGGUGGGUGAAGCUGCCCUCCCACACACUCUCCUGUCCACUGAGGAGAGAGGAGAGAGCUGGCAAUUCCAAAAGGGUGAUCUGGAUGGCUCAGCUGGGGAAUCCCAAAUAUUCCCAGGCCAAGAAGACAGACCUGCAACCCCGCCCUUGUCUCCAAGACUGAAGCCCCCCCCCAAACCCCGUGCCGUGCUUGUUGCUCUGAGAACAAACUGAGGCUGGAACUUUGUGGUCCCUGCUGAGUUCCAUAGGGGUGGACGUCACACACUUGUGCCCUUGGAUGCCCCAAAGCCCAUCCUCCAGCUGGUCCCUUUAUCUCUGGGGCUUUGGAAGAUCAGGGAAGAGCUGUCUCUGCCUCCAAGCUAAUAUUAAGAACAGAAUCAUGGAUAGAAGGCGCCGUCAGCUCAGCCUGCACCUAGAAUCCUUUACGGCCCUCUCUCUAUUUUUCUCAUUGCGUUCUGGGAGCCCAAAUCUGGCUUUUCUUGGCCACUUUUCAUCCCCAUGGGUCUUGGGAAGGCCUGUUUUCUGUCUUCCCAGACCAACCCUGCCCAGAGAGGUGAGGAUGGAACUACCUCAUUCAGCAAAUUAGCCCCAAGUCGGAGCAUUGAUUCAUGGUUCCUAUCAGACCAGGCAUCAUCUCUGAAGUCUUUGGAAAUCCCAAUCAAUCCAUUCCUCAGCUGCUUUCUCAAGGCAGUCCCCACCCCCACCCUACCACCCCUGCCCAUCUCACUAGAGGGAGCUUUCCAAAGUUCUCUGCCAGGGAGAUCUCCUCCUGCUGUGUGCAUGUCCAAAAGCUUUGAGAGAUGGAGAUGAGCCAGAAACCACAUGGGUCUGUCUCCCAUGGUGUCCUGUCCAACACUGGGCUAUCCUGACCCCGGCUCUCCCAGGCUGCCCACCAAAGGCUUAAUAGGGCUAGGUCAGUCCCAUAUGAGAGACAGGUUAGGGCAAGUCUUUGUCAGACUCCAUCUGCUUAUGCAAGAUAGGGUUUGGACUGCUGUCCCUUGUAUGUGCAUUGCAGACUCUCUUUGCUAUCCAGGCAUGCCCUGCCACCUGGGCCUCCAGCUCCUCUGAACUUUCCAGAGCCCUGCACAGAGCCCUCGCUUGGUGCCAGUACCUCCUUUCCCUUUGUCCAUCUUCCCUAGAGAAGCCUGAGCCAAGCGUGACUCUUUUCAGCACUACCCCUGGGUUCAGCCAGCCACUUUCUUUCUCGACUACAGCAAACACCAUCUACCCCAUCUUAGCCUAGAGAACCAGCCUGAGGAGGCUGGGAGAAAACAAUUGACCCAGUGAGCAAGGAACAGCUCCUAGCCAGAAACCCCUGCCCUGAGAGCCCACCUUUCUUCAUCUUUCCCAUUGAUGGCUUUCGGCUUGACCCUUCCGUCUUCCAUGGGGGCAGAAUUCUACCAGCAUAAUUCAUGGAUCUUUCCCUCUGUUUUACAUUGCUAAUAAUGGAUGUUGAUCUUGAAUCUUUCAGCAUCUCUUCCAUUGAAUUAGAAUGGCUUUCUCAUAGUUUAUUUUAGAAAGAUAUUCAAUAUACUAAAAAAAAAAAAAAAAAGUGAUGCCUUUGACUACAACUAUGGUGUCUGCCUCUUAAGGAUGCCAGGAAGGUUAAGUUUGGCUGCCCAAUAUCAGUCUCAAGGUGAGUCAAAACAGGUGGGCCUAAGAGAAAGAUUAGGUGUGGGAGUAUAGAAAUUGUCUUUCAAAAGCGGUGUGAGAGGGCUGGGUGCAGUGGCACACACCAGUAAUCCCAGCAACUUGGGAGGCUGAGGCAGGAGGAUCAUAAGUUAAAAGCCAGCCUCAGGGGUGGGAGGGGAAA